AUGAUGAGAAGGAAGAGAGAAGAAUCUGCAGAAGGGAAGGAACGCUGUGGUUACGAUGGUUAUCCUUCGAACCCUCAGCAGUCAGCUGCGAAAAAGCAGGGUUUGCACCUUUUGGGGGGGCAUUUUACGGGCGGCCUGACAACUGCGAUCAGUGAAGCCCAUCAAGGUGAAAGCACAAGUUCAAAACAAUAG